AUGUCAAAAACUGUCAAUGAAAAAAUUAAUAUCGCCAAGAACAUUGCCAAAUCGCACUACCUUAACCAAGCAACAUCAACGGCACUUGUACUUCGUGAUCAACUACAAAUAACUGGUCUUUUGCCACCAGCUGUGGAAACUUUUGAUCUACAGAAAAAACGUGCACUCAUACAAUUACGUGCGAAAUCAACCGAGUUAGAAAAAUAUAUAUUUCUUGCUUGGCUUAGGAACACUAAUGUCAGGCUAUUUUAUCGGUUAUUGAUUGAAGAUCUGGAGGAAAUAACACCAUUAAUCUACACUCCAACCGUUGGCACCGCCUGCCAAGAAUACUCGCAUAUAUACCCAUUUUUGGCACCCCCCGGUGUGCACGACGGUCUUUUCCUUUCACUUAACGAUCUCCCAAACCUCAAAAACAUCAUCAAAAACUAUAAUCCUUACCCGUUCGAUGAAUCAUUGACACCGCAAAUCGCUGUCAUUACCGACGGAUCAAGAAUUUUGGGGUUGGGUGAUUUAGGUGUUAACGGGAUGGGAAUCCCUGUGGGAAAAUUGCAAUUAUAUGUUGCUGGUGCUGGUAUAGAUCCGCGACGUACGCUCCCGAUUACUCUCGAUCUUGGCACAAAUAAUGAACAUAAUUUGAAAGAUCAAUUUUAUCUUGGGCUUCGUAGAAAGAGAGGAUCAGAUAAAGAGUUUUUCUCUUUUCUCGAUGCCGUGGUCAAAACUCUCCGCGAAGUAUAUCCUGAACUCUUAAUACAAUUCGAGGACUUUUCAUCGGAGCAUGCUUUCGAAUUACUAAAAAAAUAUCGUGACAACACAUUCUGCUUCAACGACGACAUUCAAGGCACCGGCGCUGUAAUUCUAUCCGGAUUCAUCAACGCAGUCCGCCUGACCGCAAAAGACAUUCCGCCAAAAGAGCACCGUAUACUAUUUUUCGGAGCUGGUUCGGCGGCUGUUGGUGUUGCUAAACAGUUACUAGAGUUUUUCCAGAUUGAGCAUGGAAUGACGGAGGCAGAUGCGAAGAAGUUAUUGUGGUUGGUUGAUACAAAGGGUCUUGUGACCUUUGAUCGUGGGGACAAACUAGCUGACCACAAAGUAUACUUUGCACGCAAAGACAACGAAGGGCAACAAUUCAAGUCCUUAACAGAAGUCAUUGACUACGUGAGGCCAACGGCACUGAUUGGGUUUUCGUCGCAAGGCGGUAUAUUUACUGAAGAGAUUUUGAAAAAACUUGCAAGAUUAAAUAAGAAUCCUAUCAUUUUCCCGUUAUCGAAUCCGAAAAAUAAUGCCGAGUGUACUUUUGAACAGGCGAUGAAAGCUACAAAUAAUCAAGUGAUUUUUGCAUCAGGAACUAUGUUUCCGACGUAUACGGAGCCUGAAACUGGAAGAGUACGAUAUCCUGGACAAGGAAACAAUAUGUACAUUUUCCCCGGUCUCGGCUUAGGGGCACUUCUCGCAAAGCCACGAAUAAUCACUGACAAACAAAUCUACAAGUCAGCAUCAGCACUCGCUUACUCUCUCACCGACGAAGAAAUCUCCCUCGACAUGCUAUACCCAAAACUAACGCGUAUUCGACGCGUAUCAGCAGAAGUCGCAUCAGCCGUAAUUGUACAAAUCGUCGAGGAAGGUCUAGCACGCGACGAAGAGGUCAUUGCGUUGGUGAAAAAUGAUUUGGAAGUCCUGAAGGCGAAUAAAGGUCCGCAGUGGGAGGGUUUGGUGCGGUUUGUCGAGGAGAAUAUGUGGGAUUAUGGUCGUGAAAAGUAUUUUGACAGUAAAAUUUGA